CGGAUUGCAAUCACUUGCUUAUGUUGACUUGUAGCUAUGGAGACUAUAACAAGGUAUACAGCUAAACGUGUAUCGAAAACUUCAAGCGAUAAUGAUAGGAAGGAGAUCAUAUCGUCGUAUGAAAGCGGCCUUAACGCAUCAGUAAUAAGCCACAUAUUGGACAUGAAUACAACUGCCGUGUACGGAAGCAUAAAAAGCCAUAAUAAAGCUAGACAAACCGAAGGAAAAAGACGCUCAUUAGAAAAAGAACAUAGAGAGUCUGCAGUGGUGCAAGACAUGUGGCAAAUUUGUCAAUUUUGCUUGAACCAAGACGAAGAGACGCUCGCUCCUAUAACAAACAUACUGGAUUCUUAUUUAACUCUCGAAAAUGUAGAAAGAACCACGGGUGUUUCUAUACAAUUGAAAGGCCGAUUCGUGUACGCUGUAUGCCCAGACUGCACAAAAAUAUUGCAAGAAUCAGUUCUUUUCCGUUUGUCUUGCAUAAGGAAUGAUGCUUAUUUGCAAGAACAUUUCCCACUGGUCAAACCUGCAACAGCCUCGAGCGAUGGGCAAGAUUUCAUAAAAGUUGACCAUAACUAUACGACGUUCGAAAACAUCGAAUCAUUAACCUCAGAACUAGACUCCCAGAUUGAUGGUCGAGCAAUAUUAAAAACAACGAACGCAAUCGAACAAGUGGUCGUAAAGGAAGCUUCCAGCCCAGCUAGUUUCAGCAAAGAAAUGAAGGAUAGUUUUAACUUCGUUGAUAUUACUGUACGAGACUCUGAUAGCCUACCAACAUUGCAUCAUCCAAUCAUGCCUGAACUAGCAAAUGUAGAAGAAGAGUUUUACUCCGCUAACUACAUCGAACCAGGUGAAGCGACAUGUUCCUCUAUUGAUGAACACGAAACAGACGAAAUUGACAACACAUCAAACAGCUCAAAUCUUGGGACCGUUCGGCGAAAGUUGAAGAAGCAGAAAGUUGGCGUCUAUAGAAAUGGGAUUAAUCUAUUCAAUAUUCCACGUGAAGAACAAAAGAUGCUUUGUAAUAUUUGUGGCAAAUUUAUCAAAAACCUCCCAAUCCAUAUGGUUACUCACACGCAGGAGGCCAACUAUGCAUGCCCACAUUGUCCCACAAGAAUGACGCAUUUGGCAAAUCUAACACGCCACAUUAAAGCCGUACACUUGAAGGUGAUAACAAAAUCAUGCGAAUUAUGCGGCAAAGGAUUGACCAGCAAAAGUAGCCUAUUAUCGCAUAUGCGUUCGCAGCAUGGCGUUGGGAAAUUAUAUGAAUGUAAAAUUUGCUCAAAAACCUAUGGCCAUCCGAGCGGUUUGAGGGAUCAUUGCAAACGCGCUCAUGGCUCGCAGCACCAUAUGUGUGCGACAUGUGGUAGAUGUUUUACCACACGGCCAUCGUUGAAAAUCCAUCAGGCGGUACAUUCAUCAGAUAAGCCUUUUGCCUGCAGAGAGUGUCCAAAAAGUUUCAAAAGUCGCUCCGCGAAUAAAACGCAUUUCAUGGCGGCUCAUAGCGGGACUCUUUUCAGAUGCACCAUUUGCGGCAAUUCGUAUCGUUACAAAUCGCUUCUCAACAUGCACCUCCGAAAAAUGCAUACCAGCAGCGAUGAUGAUAAAGAAUAAAAUGAACGCCGACC